UAUAUGCUUCCACUAGGAAACAUUAUCAGGACAUACUCGGUAAAAUUCCACUGCUAUGCGGAUGACACCCAGUUAUAUUUGUCAAUAAAACCUGAACAAAGUAAUCAAUUAACUAAACUUCGAGCAUGUCUCAAGGACAUAAAAACCUGGAUGACCAGCAAUUUUUUCUUAUUAAACUCAGACAAAACAGAGGUUAUAAUACUUGGCCCCAAACACCUUAGAGAUACAUUAUCUAAAGAUAUAGCUGCGCUAGACGACAUUGCCCUUGCUUCCAACAAAACAGUCAGGAACUUGGGAGUGAUCUUCGAUCCUGAUUUAUCCUUUAAUAGUCACUUAAAACAAAUUUCUAGGACCGCUUUUUUCCACUUGCGUAAUAUUUCAAAAAUUAGACAUGUCCUUUCGCAAAAAGAUGCAGAAAAACUAGUCCACGCCUUUAUUACAUCGAGACUGGACUAUUGUAAUUCAUUAUUAUCAGGCUUCAGCAAUAAGUCGUUAAAAACUCUACAGCUUGUCCAAAAUGCCGCAGCACGUGUCCUGACGAGAACAAAGAGAAGAGAGCACAUUUCUCCAGUAUUAGCGUCGCUACACUGGCUUCCAGUUAAAUCUAGAAUAGAAUUUAAAAUUCUCCUCCUCACCUUCAAGGCCCUUAAUAAUAUAGCGCCUUUUUACCUUAAAGAGCUGUUAGUACCUUAUAAACCCACUAGAGCACUCCGCUCCCAGAAUUCAAGCCUACUUGUCGUCCCUAAAGUUUCUAAAAGUAGAGUAGGAGCCAGAGCUUUCAGCCAUCAAGCCCCUCGGCUGUGGAAUCAUCUACCACUUUCAGUUCGGGAGGCAGGUACCAUCUUUUCAUUUAAGAGUAGGCUCAAAACCUUCCUUUUUGAUAAAGCUUAUAGUUAG